AAAAAUAAAACUACAUAACUAGAACCCUUAAACCCCUUCCUCGCUAAACCCUCAACACAGCGGCCCGCCUACCGCUCCCAGCGAUCGUCCCUCUGCUCUUCACGCUGUCAACGUCGUUGCUGCGUCCUCUGGUCCUGGUUGCUUCUGCUCUCUCCUCCGCCGUUCCCCCUGGUCCUUGUCCCUGCGUCCGCUGGUCCAUUCCUUCUGCCUUCCGGUGCUGCUUCUCGCCGCUGGUCCUCGUCCUCAAUCAAGCCGCUGCUGCUCCUCGUCACUACGUCCUCGGUCACUGCAGGUUUGAACGGUAGUAACUCGCAUAAAGGUUACUUCAAGUGACCUAGAAAACAGCAGAGCACCAAGAAGAAGAGAAGAAGUAAAAGUGAGGAAAAUGCCUCUGGGGGAUAAGGUGGGAUGGGAAAAGAGCGAAUCUCGAUACUGUGGAGUGGAAACAGAGUUCAAUGAGGACAUUCCUCAGCUUCUCUCGUAUAAUAUCUCCUCGGGUGGUUUUGACUUUGUCGUUGCUCCUCUGGUUCUCCCUCCAGUUCCUUCUGUGGAUGCCAUGUUGCGACAACAUCAUCAGAUUAUGCCUAUUGUAGAUGGGUCUGGCAGUAUUGAUGAGGAGAUGGGUAGGGUUAGUUUGGUUGGUGUGUCGAGUCCCACUUGUGCUGAUGGCAAAACAGUGGGUGAUGAAACAGAGAUGGAAAUGGUAAAUUUGGUUGCUGGUUCGAACUCUGUUGUUCCUGAUGGGAGUGUUGUCGAGAGUUGGUUAGCAAGUAAUGAGAUUGAUAGUGGCAAUCUUAAUUUGCCCACUGCCUCCAGCGCAUUUGCGGAUGCGGGAAGCCAUGUGAAUAAUGUGGUAAAGAGUGACAAGGAUGACGGAAGAAGUGAUUCUGAAUCUGCUAGUGAAAGCAGUUCAUCUUCUGAUAGUAGCAGCAGUAGCGAUGAGGAAGAGGAAGAAGAGGAAGAGACAAGCGAUGAGGAGGAGAAUGAAGAGGAAGUCAAAGUGCAAUUGCAUAGAGAGGUAGAGGAGGGUGAGAUUGAAGAUGGUGAGAUAAGGGAUGUUAAUGGAGAGGUGAUAGUUGGUAAAAAUGAUGAUUGUGAAAAGGAAGAGGAGGAUGAAGACAGGAUGGUUGAAUGGAGUCAGGAUGAAUUUGAUGAUAUCAACGAGGAUGAGGAAGAAGAUGCUGUUGUUUCAAGCGGACCUAUUAGGUCGAAGAAUGAGCUUAUGGUUCUCCCUCCAGUUCCUUCUGUGGAUGCCACGUUGCAACCACAUCAUCAGAUGAUGCCUGUUGGAACUGUUUUGUCGAUUAUAGGUGCCCAAGCCCAAGUCAUUGUGGAAGGGACGGAGAAGCACAACCCUCUUAAUGAGGGUUCAAUCCUUUGGAUAACUGAAAAUAGAUCCCCAUUGGGGGUUGUAGAUGAAAUAUUUGGUCCUGUCCAGCACCCCUACUACGUGGUGAGAUACAAUUCUGAAAGUGAAGUCCCUGCUGGGAUCUCUCAAGGAACUUUGAUUUCUUUUGUUCCUGAGUUUGCCAAUCAUAUUCUCAAUGACAAGAAUCUUUACAAGAAAGGCUAUGAUGCAUCUGGUGAGAAUGAUGAAGAGUUGUCAGACGAUGCAGAGUUCUCAGAUGAUGAGAAAGAGGCAGAGUACAGGAGAAUGCAAAAAAUAUCAAAGAGGAACAUGAAUUGCCAGACAGUUGGACACAAGAAAAAUAAUAGAAAGAAGGUUAAUAAUAAGAAUGGCAAUUGGAAGAAUAAUACACCUUCAGGAAACCAAACAUUGAUGGGUGCGGGUCAGUCAAUACCAAACCAGAACCAGCAUAAUAAAUCUUCAAUAGGAGCACCAUUGAAUAAUAGUUCAUCUUCUGCCACAGGACAUGACUUUCAAAGUGGAAGUGGCUUUCUCCCAUCAUUUUCAUCAAUGGCACCAACUGCUGGUGUUUUCCCACCUUCAGAUGGAGUCUGGGUAAAUGGUUUGCCCUGUCAGCAGUCACAGAAUGCUGUCAUUCCUGGUGGAUUUCCAGCUAACAAUAUGUCGUGGCCUGCACAGAAUCAACUACUGCGUCCUUUUCAGAUGCCAUUUCACCAGCAGUUCAAUCCUAGUCAAGGGUCACUUCCUAAUGGUGUCCUACCAGUUGGGCAGAUGAAUCUUUCUGCUGGACCUUUGCCUUGGCCUGUUCAAAAUUGCUUUAACCCAGCUGCAUUUGGGAUGGGCUUCCAGGUUCAACCUGCUCACCCAGCUACGAAUAUGGGAAGCCAAGGAAUGAUUUUCAAUCAGGCACCUGCUGUUAUUCCUGACAACCUCGUUCAAUCACCUCAGCAAUUUAAUUUGGGUGCAUCCUCAAGCCGUGGAAAGAAACCAUAUCAUCAUCGAGGAGGUGGUCGUUUUGCAGGUGGGAGAGGGCGACAUUCUUCAAAAUGAACUUAAUUAGCUGUUUCAUCGCAUUGUGAAGCUUAGACUAGGCGGCUUUUGGAGUUUGCCUUCCUUGUUUGUGAUGUUUUGCUAAGACAAUUUGUAUUUAAAAUACUUGCUGCGAGGCUGUGUUCUGCAGUAUCUUUUAUCACUUUUUAACUACUUGAAGAUGAUAUAGGAAGUUUUAUUACUGUUACAAUGUAAUACCGCAGCAGCAUUUUCAAUCUA